AUGGAGCUUCCAUUUGUUUCUCACGCCAGGUGCGAAUUACGCUCUGUGAUUCGUUUUUUGUGCACGAAAAACGUUCCUCCGAUGGUCAUUCAUUCCCAACUGUGUGAGGUGUACGGGGAAAAGUGUAUGAGUGUGCAACAUGUGCGCAAAUGGUGCAGAGAAUUCAAAGACGGAUGUACAGACAUCAAUGAAGAACAACGUUCUGGCCGUCCAUCGUUUUCGGACGAAGCGAUUACGAAAGUGGAAGUUAGCGAGAUGAUCCCUGAUGUCAUCAAGUCCUGCAUUCAAAACAUUUUGAGAGACCGCUUACGAUAUGCCAAGGUUUGUGCAAGGUGGGUCCCAAAAAUGCUGACGGAUGACAACAAACGGCAACGUGUGAAAGCAGCCCGCGAAUUUCUUCGUGCCUACGAAACCGAUGGCGAGAAAUCUUUGGACUUAGUCGUCACUGGGGAUGAGACCUGGGGUCCACUACAUGACACCGGAAACAAAAGAACAAUCCCGUCAGUGGAAACAUCCAGACUCGCCGAAGCCGAAGAAGUUAAAGCAAAUUCUGUCUGCGAUGACAAGUGUCUUUUGGGACAGGAAAGGGUUGUGCGAAUUCCUGCCUACCGGCACAACAAUUAA